GACAGACAGACAUCGGUGUGAUGUGUUUGGGCUCUCUGUCAGCUUUGAUGUCAUCAGUUGGGAACGUCAUGUAGCAAACACUAAAUCACAGACUCUGCCACUUUGGACAACUUAGUCCAUCCCACAGUACAAACUGCAGCUCCGCCCACUGGUGUCCCGCCCAAUCAGCACGCAGUACGUCUUGUGACUGACAUCUCGACUUCGCAGUGAUUGGAAUCGGGGAUGAAACAGGAAGCACAGGAAGGCAGUUCCGCGUCCUGUCACAGUGACAUCAGCUCACACAGUUCAAGAGCUACAGUAGUGUCUGCACAGGUGACCGCCAUGAAAACGCCGGCGGAAGUAGUGGACGCCAUUAGGCGCCAGAGCCGCACCCGCCCCGUGGAGUACAGCAAAUCGCCACCCGUGGGUCUCAAAUCUGGGAGAAAACCUGCCUUCCGGGCUCUUAUCACUGGCGUGUUGCCCCCUACCGUCAUCCGGAACUCACAGACCAUGGGUACAGGCAAUGGCGGGAUUCAGUUGGUUCAACACGGGAAAGGAACUCCCGCCAGUGACAAUAUAAUCUAUUACAGCAACAGUAACAACAACAGUUUAAGUUCAACCUUGGGUUUAAACAUUCAAGGUAUUCAGAACGGUAGCAGCAGUAGCAGCAAUAGCAGUACUAGCAAUGGUUACUCCCAGAUAAGUCCGAGAGAGAAAGGAUCACCCAGGUCCUCCCUUGACGGCAGUGGGGUAGGGGGUAGCGGGGGUGGGGGGUACAGCGUCGUGUUCGACAAACACGGGAACAUGACAAAGAUUGUCAACAACACUAGCGCUGGACACAGGCCUCGCCCCUUGCCUCAGCCGGGAACACACCAGUACAGCAAGACGGGAACCCCAAGGCGCCAGGCGCCGAGGGCUAGCGCGAUGCCCCGACUGAGGCUGACCCAUGUCUCGGACUAUCCGGACGGGUUUAACCGCUCCUUGUCCCUGGACGUCUCCUCGCCUCGUCCAAAGAACGGAAGACCUGACAUAGGCGGCACAGAUCGUGAGACUGCCCCUGGGAAUUCCAAAAACACAACCUCGUCCCAAGACGUGAAAAAAGUCUUGGCAAAAAUUCCUGGCCGAGAUUUCACAUUGACCUCGUCUUCGGCUAAAAACCGUGGUCUUCAACGGUCGAAGACAAUGGAUGAAACUUCGAAUGUCCCACCCCUUCAGCGUGAGAAUUCUACAACUCAGGGCAUGACUAGCACUCAGCUAGCAGACAAGAUUCUCCGCUCCAGUGACUUGGGGCAAAUAUCUCAGCUGUUUGGGAAGAAACUUCGCUAUGCCGAGUUUAUCGAGGAAGCAGAACCCCACAGACUGUCUGGCGAACAAGUCAGAACUGACUUGACCUCAGAACGAGAUCCCAGCCCUCGGCUACCCACAGCCACGACGAACGCGUCACAAACGUCUGCAGCUUCUUCAGUAUCGACGUCACCGCUGUCGUCAGCACGGUCUAGUUCACCUCGGAAGCCUAAGUACGUUCCAGCACCUGGCGGCGUAUGUCAGCCUUCCGCCAUCUCUCCCUCAAACACUUCCGGAUUAGCGAGUGCAACUACAAACUCGCCAGGAUCUAAAGCCACAAGUGAUUCCAGUCAGGCCGAACCAGAGAUCGACUACGACAAACCCAUCAAAAUAAUCAUAGAAACAAAUGACAACGAAACAGUUACAAAACUGACGAGACCGAUUCUCAAGUCUGUCCCAAAAGUGGAAACGUCCGAAGUCUGCACUUACGGCAACGACACAAAUAACAAUCACGUCACUCCGUCAUAUCUUAGUCAACAUGGCGACAGUUGCCACAAAUACCACUCUUCUCCCUCCUCUGUGAGCUCCGGCUACAGCAUCGGAUCACAGCUGGAAUAUGACGUCACCAGCUGCAACCGGGACAAAGGACGAUUAGUCAGGUUUCGAGUGCACCACACGAUUCACGAGUUUGCUCCCUCAGAUCCUGUCAACUCGGGUGGCUACUAUUGACUGAAGCCACUUGAUUAUGUUUAGUCUUUUCUCAAAAGCGAAUUAUGAAAUGUUUCGACUUUAGCUGUUAACAACCUUGAACAGUCUCCAUGUCGGACGGUCGUUUGACAUAAAAUGCACUGUAUGCUCCCCGGGAAGUUGGGGUUGUUUCAGAAUGAUCUCAGAUCUGCUGGGGGUAAUAAUAUAGGUUGUAAAGCGCGUAGAGCUUGCUGUUG